AUAACCAAAAUAAAAAAAGCGACACAAAAAUGAGAAGAAUAUUGAAGAUAGAUAGAAUUGGCACGUGAACGUAAACUUCUCAUUUAACUAAUACUAAAAGGGUUAUAUGAGGAGUAGAGAAGGUGUCCACGUCAGAUUAAAAAAUCGACCAAUAGAAAAGGUGUUGUUUUGCCACGUCAAACCUGCUACUCACAAUUUUGCAUUUUGUCGCAAGCGUCUCUUCUAAUUCUUCUAAUCGUUUCAAUUUUCUACAUGUUCUUGCGUUUCUCCACUCUCAGAUCAUUCAUUCCUCUUCUUUAAUCUUAUAUGCGUGAGCCAUAAUACCCUUCCAACUUCCUCCCUUUCUCCCACUACAAGAAGUCAGAGUCAACUCGAAGCUCUACAGCCGCCGGAAGAUAGUUAUAGCUCUCAGACUCACCGACAUAGACAGCGACAAGCUUCUCUACCACCAACAAGCCUCUGCGUUUAUGCCGUCAUCUACUCCACCUUGGCCACUCCGGAUUCGUUGCGCAUAUUUCUUCACGAGAACCAAUCUCUCUCUCUCUCUCUCCCUCCCUCUGAUUUUCGUUUGAUUUGGUACAGGAAGGUGGACCGUGAGCAGAGUUGGUUGUCAUGAGCUUGAAGACAGAGGAGGUAUGGCGUGGUGGUGGUGCUAGCAGCAUCUGCUCACCGGAGAGUGAUGAAAACAAAGGAUGUAUGGCGUGAUGCGGUGGAUGAAGAUGACGACGUUAUGCGGCUGAUGAUUAUUCAACUCAGAUUUAGAUUUAGGUUUUUUUUGUUUUGGUUUAGUGUUUUUUACUUGGUUUAGAUUUGGAUAUAUACUUCCAUUUGGCUUACAAUAAUUGUAGAGUAGUGAUUGUAAUUCAAAGGAAACAGAGAAGCCAACGAAAACUCCAAAGGUCUUUUCCACUUUUAAUUUGGUUUAUAGUUCUUAUUGUUACAGUAAACUCCAAUCGGCCUCUUACAAAAAAGAUCGAUGUUUUCAAACGUGAACUCCCUCUAUGCAUGCUCUUGAUGAACGAAGGUGACUCUCUCUCUCACCUCUCUCUCUCUCUCUCUCUCUCUCUCUCUCUCUCUCUCUCUCUCUCUCUCUCUCUCUCUCUCUCUCUCUCUCUCUCUCUUUCUCUCUCGAUUCUCAAUUUUGUUUUGUGUUUUGGUAUUUAAUGAAAUGGUUUCUCUGUGUAGCGAUUGAGAGGUUGAAGCAAGAGGCUUCAUCAGUACAAGGGGUAGAAUUGAAAACUGAUAAUAAGAAGAACUGGAUGAGCUCUGCCCAGUUAUGGAUCUCAAACUCUAACUCACAGUCGCAAUCGACAAACGAAGAAGAAAACCGGUGUGUGACUCAGACCUGUAAUAAUAAUAACGCUAACCAACGAGGGGCAAUUAUGUCAUUUAACCGUCCUCCACCUCCUCCUCCUUCAGCUCCUCUGUCUCUGCCAAAGUCAGAAAUAUUGACUGACUAUAGCAGCAGAAUUGAGCAGAGUCAUCCAAUUCAGAAGAAAGAGCUGAGAAGGAAAUGGUCUGACACUACAAGAAAACAGGGGGAUUCUGAUGGUCGAAAUCGUCGGAAAUUCGUCGGAAUAGCCCGAUUCCGACGAAUUUCCGACGAAACCGUCCGUCGGUAUCGUUUCGUCAGAAAAAAAAAAUUCGUCGGAAUUUCGUCAGUACUUCCGACGACUUUCUGACAAAUACCAAGAAACGUCAUUCUGACGAACUUCCGACGAUGUUACGAUGCGGA